GACAGAAGAUCUGUGAAAAGGGUCAUAAUUUUUAUUUUGUUAGAAAAUGGCGCCAAAUCGAAAUUUGCAUGAACUAUAGCUUUUUGAGAUUCAUGAAGGAUUGUGGACUAGGGAACAUGGCAUUUGAAAUCUAUGCAGGUUUAAGACGACACUUUCCUCUUACACAAUACUGUAACAGUAUGAUGCUUGAUCUGUUAAAUAAAGUACUGCACUUGAUUGGAUGGUUUAUCUAGAUAGUUUUGGUGGAUUUUUGUAUCAUUCCCUCCAAUUUUCACAGGCCAAAAAAAGUGGAAUUAUAAGCAAAGAGAGUGAUUAUUAGAAUUCCAGAUUAUUGUAGCCAUACAAUUGAGCUGUUGAUUAUUUUGGAAAUAUUUCUGGAACCAUAGCAUGGCAGAAGCUAUUGUUGGGCCUGUCCAGAACUUACAAGUACAAGGGUUUUGUUGAUCCUACAAGAUAGCAUUAGAAACCAAAAUGGAUGACAACCUUGACCUUGAUUCUAGUGACCCUUUUAUGUCAAAAGGACAUAGUGACAAUGGAGAAAUAAAUCAAAGUGACCUUUUAAAUUACCAGAUGGCCAAUCAGCAAGUGCCUGGUUACCGGGAUGAUUACCAUGGUGAUGAGACAGACAAUAGCCUUUUACAUGGUCAAAACCAAAGUUCUUUCAUUCCUCCUUAUACAGAGAAGGAAUUAGUUGAUUCUAGUCUUUCAGAUUCAAACAGAGAUUGGGAACGAGAGGAUGAAAUGAUGUUUAACCAAGCAAGAAGUGAUCCUUUAGUCAAGGAUUCAAUGAACCAAUUUCAACCUGAUCUACUUAAUAUGAAUCCACUUUCGUUAGAAUCAAAAAGUAGUCAUGAAGAAACUAGUUUCAGAGAUGAUUUUUUUGCACCCAAUAAUCUUUCAGAAAAGCCAAUAGCUCAAACUGGCUAUGAAGAACAUGCUCCUGCUUCACAACCUCCUGAUCUUUUAAUGAUGGAGUCCUCAGCUUCACAUACUGAUGUCACUGAAGGUCAUGAACAGACAGUUAAUAAAUGUGAUACAGAUUUAAAGAGUUGUGAUGAUCAUGAUUUGCAUAGUCAAAGUAUUCCUCAUGAUAGACAUGAAGCAAUAGAGAAUGACUUUUAUAAUGAGGAUGAAAAUGCUGAGCAUUAUGACGAUGAAUAUGUAGAUUCAGAUGAAAGUGAUUACACAGAUGAAUCCAUGGAUAAAAUGGAAGGUGAAACUGGUCUAGAACAUAUUGUUCCAGACAUAUGUGAUACAGAAGAAAAGCAACAGCCUGUUCAAAUUGAAGACACUGAAAAUGCAUUGAACAAUAGUGUUGAUCCAAAUAUAGGUGCAUCUGGUAUAACACAGAAAGAUUCUGAUUAUUUAAGGAAUGUUCAGUUUGAAGAUAAUGUAGUACAUGGUCAAUUAUCUGAUGAAGAAAAUGGAAAUAUGGCUGAUCAAGCAAGCCAACCAUCUGCUACUAAUUCAGAUCAUUUAGACCUUUUAAAACAAGAGGAAAAGGAAUCAUUGCAUAGUGAUUCUGAAGAUGAAUUUGAGUCAGAAACUCCUCAACAAAUUACUUCCAAAGAAUCAAAUGAGGACAAAAUUGAUUUGAUUUCAGAUCAACAAGGAAUAGAAGGAACUUCAGAUAUGGCAAUAGAAAACAAAGACAUUCCGAUAGAAAGUGACGAUUCAGACAUGGAAGAAAGGUCACUAACUCCUGAUCAUAAUCAGUCUUCAAGUAUGGAGACAGGACCUCCUUUUCAAGAUUUCGUAGGAGGUCAAUCGACUGAUCAGGUUCAGAUAAGUGGAUUAGUAGAAGGUACACUAAAGGAAGAAUCAGAGAGCACAGAUGAGGAAGAUCUAGAACAACAAGGUCAAGUUCCAUUGGAACAGUGUCUUGAUUCUGUUGCUAUGACAAUGGAACACACUCAACACAUUGAUAACAAUUUUGUCACUGAAAGUGAACAUGUAGAUCAUUUUGACCUUCAAAAAGGUAACAUAUUAGAAGGACUUUCAGAUAAUGAAGAAAAACAUUUAGAAGAAAGUUUUGAACAAAGUCAUUCUUUGCACGAACAGCAGGAAAUUGAAAAACAAAAUUCAUUUGAUAAUGAUGACAUUGAAAUGGAAAGUAAUUUGCACCAUGAACAACUUAAUGACACUGAAAAGAUUGGUGAUUUAGUUUCUGAUGACCUUGAAAUAAGUCAUCAACAAGAAGAAGAUUUGUUGACAGAAUCAACUCUUCCAGACAGCAAUGCUGGCUUAGAAAUCAAUCCUUCUGUAGAACCGACAAUAUCAGUGAUUCCACCCUCUGAGGAAGUUCAUCAACAUACUUUGUUAUCAACUGAAACAUUUGAAUGUGAAAAUCAAACAAUAGGAGAAGAUGUAGAUAAAAAUGAAGUAGAAGGAACAUUGGAUAAAGAUUUGGAAGAGGUGGACACUAAACCAAAUACUGAAUAUUCUGAUGAAUCAGAAGAUGAAAUAGACGAUAAAAUACAAAAUGAACAAUCUGGAAUGGAUGGCUCAAUUGUGAUUGAGGAAGGAGUAACUUUGGAUGAUAAAAAAAUGGAGGAAUCCAUUUCAUCAGAAGGGGAGCAAGAAUCAAUAAAUAAUGGUUCUAUGACAACCUAUAUGAUGGAAAAUAGUAAAGGUCUGCAAUCAGAACAAGAAAUUUCCUCAUUUCAGCCUGCUAAUUAUUCCACUGACAUGCAGAUGCCAGAUUCACAAUUAUCAGAACCAGGUGUAGAAGCUUCCAUUAAAUCAGAUGAAGCAAACAAAUUUGUCAUUUCAGAUAAAAAUGAACCUGUUCAGCUUUCACCUGAUAGCUCAUCAGAUGAGGAGGAGAUUCCAGCCAAUCAGAUGAGAGAGACAGGUAUGGAGGGAUCAUUUGUACUGGAUGAAGAUGAAACUUUUGAAGAUAAAAAAUUUGAUAGAGACGAUGCAGAAUUUGUACAGUCAACUCCUGAAACUUCUCCCGAAGAUGAGAUUCCAGCCAAUCAAAUGAGGGAGCCACUAAUACUUGAUGAUAAAACUUUGUGUGACGAAAAAAAUGAAAAUGAACAGCCUAUUUUUGAUGAUUCCCAAAAUAAUGAUAUUCAAGCCAAUCAAAUGAGAGAAUCUGGAAUGGAAGGAUCAUUUGUUUUGGAGGACGGAGAAACUUUUGAAGAUAACAAGUAUGCAGGUGAUGUAGAUGAAUUUGAACAGUCGACACCUGAAAUUUCACCAGAACAAGAGCAGAUUCCUCAAAGUCAGAUGAGGGAAACAGGAAUGGAAGGUUCUUUAGUACUCGACAAAGGAGAAACAUUUGAUGAUAAAAAUUAUGAUGGUGAUGAGGGUGAAUUUGAACAGUCAACUCCUGACGUUUCACCAGAAGAUGAGGUUCCAGUGCAUCAAAUGAGAGAAUCGGGAAUGGAAGGAUCUUUAGUAUUAGAUGAAGGAGAAACAUUUGAUGAUAAAACAUAUGAAGGAGAUCAAGCUGAAUAUGAACAUAAUGUAGAUGACUUUGAACGGACAUCACCAGAAAUUUCACCAGAAUCAGAACAGAUUCUACAAAGUCAAAUGAGAGAAACAGGAAUGGAAGGAUCUUUAGUACUUGAUGAAGGAGAGACAUUUGACAAUAAAAAUUAUGACAGUAAUGAGGGUGAAUUUGAACAGUCAACUCCUGAAGUAUCACCAGAAAAUGAAGUUCCAGUGCAUCAAAUGAGAGAAUCGGGAAUGGAAGGAUCUUUAGUACUAGGUGAAGGAGAAACAUUUGAUGAUAAAAAUUAUGACAGUGAUGAGGGUGAAUUUGAACAGUCAACUCCUGAAGUUUCACCAGAAGAUGAGGUUCCAGUGCAUCAAAUGAGAGAAUCAGGAAUGGAAGGAUCUUUAGUAUUAGAUGAAGGAGAAACAUUUGACAAUAAAAAUUAUGACAGUAAUGAGGGUGAAUUUGAACAGUCAACUCCUGAAGUUUCACCAGAAGAUGAGGUUCCAAUGAAUCAAAUGAGAGAAUCAGGAAUGGAAGGGUCAUUUGUUCUUGAAGAAGGAGAAACUUUUGAUGAUAAACAGUUUGAGAGUGAUAUGCCUGAAUUUGAACAGUCAACCCCUGAAGUUUCACCUGAAGAAGAAAUUCCAUCAAAUCUAAAGAAAGAGACUGGAAUGGAAGGAUCGUUUGUUUUUGAUGAGGGAGAAACGUUUGAGGAUAACAAAGCUGGAAAUGAUCAGUCAGAAUUUGAACAGUCAACCCCAGCAGAUGAAAUUCAAACCAGUCAUUUAAAAACUACUGGAAUAGAGGAUUCUGCUCUUCUGGUUGAAAAUGAACAAUUUAAUAAUAUAACAGAUGAGCCCUCAAUACAAGGCCAUGAUUUGUCCUCUAAUCAGAGGGAUGACCUUGAAAGUUUUGUUGGAGGUCAUACAAUGGAUGAUGGUUCAAAAGCAGUAAAUUAUUCUGAGGAGUCUAUACAGACUAAAGAAACUGUCCAAGAAGAAAUGAAGCCUGUAGUUUCUAUAGAAAGAGAGGAACCUGAAACAGACUUACAUAUGGAGAAUCAUGAUGAAAAUGAGGAAACAACUGAAUCUUCAGAAAAUGCUGAUGGAAAAACAGAUGAAAGUCGUCUUGCUCAAGAUAGUUUAGGUCAACAUAUAGAGGACAUGACAAGUCCAGAAACACAAACUGACAGUUAUGGCGAGGAAGGUGAAGUUGAAGGUCAUCUUGCUCAAGAUAGUUUAGGUCAACAGAUAGAGGAAAUGACAAGUCCAGAAACACAAACUGACAGUUAUGGCGAGGAAGGUGAUGUUGAAGGUCAUCUUGCUCAAGAUAGUUUAGGUCAACAGAUAGAGGAAAUGACAAGUCCAGAAACACCAACUGACAGUUAUGGCGAGGAAGGUGAUGUUGAAGGUCAUCUUGCUCAAGAUAGUUUAGUUCAACAUAAAGAGGAUGUGACAAGUCCAGAAACACACACUGACAGUUAUGGCGAGGAAGGUGAUGUGGAUUCUGCCAUACAAUCACCCCUAUCUCAAAAUGGUAUGCUCCAGUCUCCAUCUAGUGAUGAAAAUGCACAAUUGUAUGUAGAACAUGAAAAUGAGAAAAAUCUGAUGUCAUCUUCUCUAACUGGAGGAUUUGUUGAUCAAGAUGAAGCUAUUCAAACAUAUCAGCCAUGUAUGCAAAAUGGGAUAUCCCAAAAUGGGGUAUCCCAUUCAGCUUCUGAGGAAGUCACUCCUGAAAAAGAAGAAAAUGAACAUCCCUGCUUUCAAAAUGGCAUAUCCCAGUCAACAUCUGAUGAAUUCACUCCAGAAAGGGAAGAAAAAUCUGACUUCAAUUUAACUGAAAAAGAAGGAAAGCCAGAAAUAGUUACAAAAGUUGAAACAAAAUCUGAGGUGAAGGAUAGUACUGCAAAAUCUGAAGUGAAAAAAAAAACUGGAAUUAUGAAAACUGAUAUUAAAAAAUUAGAGCAGAGUUCUCCGAAAAAAACUUUAAAAUUAGCAAAACCAGAAAGUCAGAAGAAAGACUUUACCAAGGAAAACAAGAAGAUAACAAAAGAUACCACUAGAAAGAAAGAUCCAUUAAGUAAACUUCCAUCACCUACAAAAACUGAUAAACGAAGUAUGUCAGCUUGCAGAUUGACAACCCCACCUACCAGAAUAGAUAAAUCUACAACAAGAAUGCCAAGGGACACAACUCGUAAGCCCAGACCUACUUCUACAACUGAUCCGCUAAAACAGACUAAACAAAGACCCAAAUCUAUUGACAUAUCAAGGACUAGUUCUCUGACUAGACCCACUAAGAGUAGUCUCUGUAAGUCUAGGACUUUCGAGAAGUCUGCAUUGGAAGGUGCAACCAGUCCAACCAAACCGCUAAGAAGUGUUCCUAAAACAGCACCAUCUAGAUACAGAAUAACAAGAUCAAAAAAAGAUGCUUCUUCAGACAGUGGUGUAGAAGAGGACAAAUCACCCAGAAAGACAGAAACCCAGAACAAGUCACAAGAUGACAAAAUGACCAGAUCGACUAGUGCUAAAAGGUCAACAAUACCAACGAUGAAUAGAAGUCUACCUACAAAAUCUGAAGGAAGUCCCAGAAAAACAGCAGGAAAGCCAACACCGACAAAAACAACUCAGUCAAAGAUUGGUUCCCUUGACAACACCAAGUAUUCACCUGGUGGAGGACAGGUUAAAAUACAGAGUCACAAGCAAGAUUUCUCCAAAGUAAGCAGUAAAAUAGGAUCAAAGGAUCAUCUUACUUAUAAACCUGCAGGGGGAGAUAAAAAGAUUGUUUCCCAGAAGUUAGAAUGGAAAGCAGAAUCAAAAGUUGGUUCACUAAAAAAUGCCACUUACUCACCACGUGGUGGUAAUGUCAAAAUUCAGACUGAGAAAUUAGCGUGGAAUGUCCAAUCCAAAGUGGGAUCGCUUGAUAAUGCAUCUCAUUCACCUGGAGGCGGUCAUGUUAAAAUCACAAAUGAUCCAAUAAAUUGGAAGGCAGAACCUAGAAUUGGUUCUAUGGACAAUACUGGUUAUGUACCAGGUGGCGGUAAUGUUCAUAUUAAAACAGAGAAAUUAAAAUGGAAAGCAGAACCUCAAGUUCAUUCCUUGGAAAACACUGGUUAUGUACCAGGGGGAGGUCAUUUUCAAAUAGAGCAUCAUCCUUUAAACUGGAAUACCCAUUCUAAAGUAGACUCAUUAGAAAAUGCACAUUAUUCCCCAGGAGGUGGGAAUGUUAAAAUUCAUGAAGAGAAAUUAUCAUGGAAUGUACAUUCUAAAGUCAACUCAUUAGAAAAUGCUCAAUAUACUGCUAGGUCAGGGACACACAGAUUUCCUUUUCCGAUUGAAAAUAAGAAGUUAGACUUUAAAGAUAAGGCACAGUCCAAAGUUGGUUCUAAAGAUCACAUGAAUCACAAAGCUGGUGGCGGAGAUAAGAAGAUAGAAUCACAGAAAUUGAGUUUUAAAGAGAAAGCUCAGUCUAAAGUUGGAUCUAAAGACAACAUGGACCAUAAACCAUUAGGAGGAGAUAAAAAGAUUGAUACUCAGAAAUUGACAUUUAAAGAAACAGCAAAACCUCGAACAGAUACUGGAGUUGCUCCUGGGAAAUCUAGACCAGACAGUGGAAUAGAAUGUGAGAAAACAGAAGCCUCUGUUUAAAGACAAACUCUUCUCUUUUUAAUUUCAUUGUUUUAUUUCAAUUAAUACACGAGUUAUUCCCCUUCUAUUACAAAUAGGAGAGAAAUAUAUCUGUGUGCUAUUGUUUCGAGAGGGAAUUUAAAACUGAGUUUGAGUGAGCAUCUGGGUAAUUUAAGAACAAAAGAAUUUAAAUGAAAAAAAAAUUAGUCUAGUUAUUAAAUUUCCUUUUCAUACAUAAUCAAAAUAAGGGGGGCUAGAGGAAUUCAACCCUAUUUGUAGUGAUGGAAACUUUUUCUAAUUUCUUAGGGAGUAAUUGAAUUUUCUUUCCUAUGAAGUAAUAUAUAAUUUUACAUUAUUCCUCUAGCCACCUCUUAAAUCAUAACUUUGUUUCAAUGAUGUUAUUUUUUUGUAAUUUUCCAAAAGCUGCCAUAGUGAUUCUUGACACAAAGCUAGUUAUCACCUUUACAUAUACGUAGCACAGUAUACUCAUAGAAAAACAAUGUAGUCUAUUUAAGUAAAAAAAUAAUAUUUGCAGCACGAUACAAAAAAAUCAGACUCAAAUUAAAGAAAUUUUGUAAAUUUGCACAGAUUUUAAACAAUAUUUUAAGUCACAGAAAUGAUCUAAAACUGAUAUUGAAACAAAAUCAUUGCAGUCAUCAAUAAAUAGCAUUCAACUAGAACCACCGACUUAAUGAGUAAAUUUUGCACAAUAAUUGCAGUUAGCUCCCUUUCACAUUUUUGUAUUGUAUAAUUCCUUGCCAGGUUUUAAUAUGUAUAAUAUUAUCUGUCAUGAAAUUGUAAAAUAUUGAUCUUUGUACCAUGUGAUGGUCAAAAUAAGGAUAAAAAAACCCAGAAUUAUUAGUAUCAUAUUUGACCAUUCAUAAAAGCCUCAUUAAAACCUAAGUUUAGAUGAAAUUUACAGCUCAAAUAUUAGAGUGUGUACUUUUAGCAAAAAAUUAACUUCAUUUGUCUGUUAGGUGACACACCUAUUUUUUAAAGGCUGUUACAGUUAAAAGAAUGGAAAUGACAAAAAUGAUUUACAGUCAUCUUUUUCAUGCUUGUCCCACCAUUUGCAGGUUCUGUUGGUUGGACCCCCUUCUUUUUUUAAGAUCAAUUCAAUUGCAUGGGGACAUAUGGUUGGAACCCCUCCCUUUUUUAAAAUGGCCCUGAUUUGAUUGGCUAAUGUUAGACUUUAAAUGAGUAGUUUAUGAAAGCAAUUUCACUUUUAGUAGAAUUCAGUUUCUUAUUCUUUGUAAUCACACAAUUAUAAACUGUAAAGAUUUUAAGUUUAAAUUGAGUGUCAGAAUGAGAUUUUUUAUUAAUGGUACCUUGGGAGAAGAUGAGAAUUCUUGCACUGGAUAAAUCAAAAGUAUAUUGUCAGUUUUGGAAUGGCAUGAUAUUUAUCAGCACUAUUAUUUUUUCUGUGCACAACUUUUUAGUAUUCUAGACCUAACAAUGCAUAUUAUUGGUCUCUAUCUUGACGUGAUAAUGGUUUGACUAUUUUAUUUAUCAUGAAAAGGGAGACAACUUAUUUUAAUUACAGUUUUCCUAUCAUAUCAUUUUUAAAAUGUAUCAUAAUCAUAAAAUUACUGUAAUUUCAUAAUGUGUAUUAUGCCAAUAUUGUUAAAAAAAAUACAUAAUUUAAGCGUAUUUUUGCAAAUGAUGAACCACCCAAAAAAAAUUAUAAUACAAAUACUACAAAAAUAGUGCUUUCUUGAUUAUUGUACGAUAUUAUGUAGUCAAUGUAAAUUUCAUGUUUUCAUUGAAUUAUUGAUAUAUAUAUGUAAAGUGCUUUAGGUGAAAUAAAAACCCUUAAAUCUGAUUAGAUUAAAACAAAAUAUUUGAGAAAGUUUGAAUUAAAAAGCCAUAUCCAGUGAGGUUAUAAUUUUUAUUAUGAUGUGAAUUUUUAAUGCAGUUUUCGAGCCAAAAUAUUUGUUAACCUGUAUGGAGAAUUUCAACUGUUAAAUUCUGUUGCAUCGUUGCCUGUUUAGGUGAUGAUUUUUUUUAUUAUUGCUUCCAUUACUGUAUAACCAUGUUAGAAGUGGAGUUAUUAUGUUAUAAUGUAUGUGUCAAAUAUGGACUAUAAAAUACUUUUUAUCAAUACACAAGAAACAGAAUGCCAUUUAAGUUGAUAUCAAAAUGUAUAUUUAAUUUAAAUAGAAAAUAAUAACAGUUCUAUGUAAGAUUGUACAUUUUAUAAUUAUUUAAGGUCAGUUUUAUUACAGAUUUAAUUUCUUCAUUAAAGAUAUCCUCAAGACACAAGUACAUGUAGCAGACUGAAUAUUUCAGGAUUUUUAAAAUUUAAAAAAACUAUCAACAAUUUAACAUUUAUUCUAGAAAAUCAAUGAUUAUAAGCCAAUCUUUUUCUGUUAUUUUGAAUUUGAUAUUGAAAAUUAAAAUUUAUCAGUAGGAUUUUAUUAAUUCUACUGUCACCAGUUUUGGUGUGAAAUGGCUAAUUUAUUUUGAAAUAAGUUUUAUUUUGUUUUUCAGAUUAAGACCCCACAAAUGACAAAUUCUAAUAAGUAUCGCACUAUUGAAAUAUUUAUAAACCAGUCCUUACUUGUGGACAAUUUCAGUCUGCUUAUAGCCAAAGAUCUAUAUUUGUUGUCUACAAUGCUUUUUAUGAUUAAUCUUUCUGCAAUAAAAUCAUCUGUCAUUCUA